AUGAUCUGCAACGGGGCUGAAGAAAGCUUCUUGGAGAGGGAAGGUGAAGUGAUCGCGCCAGAAAAUAGUGGGAUAAUCAGCAAUGGCGAAGGAGAAAGCUUGCCGGAGAAGGAAGGCGAAGAGACUCCGCCGGAGAAUGGAGGACAGACCGUAGACGAAGCCCUGAAUGAUUCGGUUGAAAUUAGAUGCUUGACCGAGGACUCCGAUGGACAGUCAAUAGUGGGUCAACUGUCGGGGACUCCACAGAAGUCUCCUGAGGAAGACCAAGGGACCUGUGAUCUUCCUCAAUGUGGCAAGAACUUUGCUGUCGCAGAUGGCGGCGACCCCGCCGGCAAGCCGAGGAGUCUGAAGUCCGUCCGAUCGCCGUCUCUCACCGCCAGGAACGAUAAUUCUGCAGAAGAUGUGAAGGAAAUAGAUGUUUUGGGGAAUGCCCACCAUGGUUCUAAGAAGUUCAGGAACGGGGGGAGUAGUUUUUCCAGUAAAAGGGUCAACGAGCUGGAGUCCAGGGUCAGAAUGCUCGAAGCGGAGCUGAGAGAGGCGGCGGCUGUCGAGAUCGGGCUCUACUCCGUCGUCGCCGAGCACGGAAGCUCCGCCCAGAAAGUCCACACCCCAGCCCGGCGGCUCCUCCGCCUGUACACUCGCGCCUGCCGGGAGGAAUCCCAAGAAAGAAGGGGCGGCGCCGCCAGGAGCGCCGUCUCGGGCCUGGUUCUGGUGGCGAAAGCUUGCGGAAACGAUGUUCCGAGGUACGCGCAGGACGUUUCCGAUCUUGGUAAUGUCGACAUUCAUGGUGAUUCUUCCCCUGUGCAGGUUGACUUUCUGGCUUUCCAACGCUGCGGUCUUGAGGGCGACGGUGUCUCAGGGGGUUGACCCAUCUGACCCGGCGAUGUCAAACCUGCGAGAUCGGAACCCCGGGCCCUUGAGAUGGGAGUCGACGGCCAAGAGCCAGAAACAGCUCUCUUUCAUGGAAGAUCUUGACGACUGGGAGGACCCGAACAUAUUCAUCUCCGCAUUGGAGAAGAUCGAGGCCUGGAUCUUCUCGCGGGUCGUCGAGUCCCUGUGGUGGCAGGUCAAAUCGGAGAAUCUCUCUCUCUGUGUCUCUCUCUAUACUUUGCCGGCGUUCUAAGCUCUCUUUGGUUGCUUGGUACGAUCAUCAGAAGGGCAUCGCUUCUCUCUUUCUUGUAGACUCUGACGCCACACAUGCAAUCCGCCGAUGAAAUCGAUCGAUCAAAGGGAAGCUCGAGCGCGAGGAACGGCCAUGGGAAGCAAUCGAGUGCGAAGGAUCAGAAUCAGGCGAGCUUCUCCAUGGAGCUGUGGAAGAGGGCUUUCAAGGACGCCUGCGAAAGGCUCUGUCCAGUUCGAGCCGGUGGCCACCAGUGCGGUUGCCUACCCAUGCUGCCCAGACUGGUGCGUACGAGGAUCCCCGGAAGAGUCGUCUUCGAUUCCUCCUUGCUUUCUUCUUCUCCUCCUGAAAAUUCUCGUCCGGCGAUCAGAUCAUGGAGCAGUGUGUGGCGAGACUCGACGUCGCCAUGUUCAACGCGCUCCUUCGUGAAUCCGGCGACGACAUUCCGACCGACCCCGUUUCCGACCCGAUCACCGAUGCCAGGGUUCUCCCCAUCGCCGCCGGCAAAUCGAGCUUCGGCGCCGGCGCCCAGCUGAAGAACGCCGUCAGUGCUCUCUCUCUCUUUCUCUCUCUACUGGUUUUUGGUUUGUUCUUGGACCGAUCCAAAGGGUGGAAGAUGAUUCAGCUGACCAAACAACGGAUUUCACGCCGCCGGUGUUGCCAGAUUGGGAACUGGUCCAGGGGGCUCACCGACUGGUUCGGCAUCGACGACGACGACGAGGACGACAACUCCUCCGAGGGCGAGGGAGAAGACGAUCACCGGCGGGAAGCCGCCGCACCCCAAAAAUCUUUCCGCCUGCUGAAUGCUCUGAGCGAUCUGCUGAUGCUCCCAAAGGAUAUGCUCCUGGACGAGUCCAUCAGGAGAGAGGUCCUCCCCCUCCCUUUCCCCCCGCCGGCAUGAAUCCUCUUCCGGGAGCUCGUCUUCUGAAGCUUUUAGCUUCUUCUUGAAGGUCUGCCCCAGCUUUGGAGAGCCGGUUUUGAGGAGGAUCCUCUGCGGCUUUGAGCCCGACGAGUUCUGUCCCGACCCCGUACCGGAGGAACUUCUCGACGCCUUGGAUUCACAGGUUUGACCCCCGGCCCAGACUGAUUUGCUCGUUUUCCCCCUCCGAUUUUAUGUAGAAACUGUUUAUCAGGAGGUGGUGGCGGACGGCGAUGAGGUCGUCGGGAGCUUCCCCUGCGGUGCCGCUCCGGUGGUCUACUCGCCGCCUCCCGCGAAGGCGGUGGCGGAAGCCAUCGGAGACCCCCGUGGACGGCCCUUCCUGUCGAGGAUUGGCUCCGCCGUGCUCCGCAAGUCCCACACCAGCGACGACGAGCUGGAGGAGCUAGACGCACCUCUCACCCUGAUCGCCGCCGACAGGUCCCGCCUGUUGACGCCUUCGCCCAACGGCGGCGCCAGGUUGACCAGAUACCACCUGCUCCGCGAAGUCUGGAGAGGCGACGAUUAG